CGCGACCACCACUUCCCUUCAGAGCUGGUCUCUCCCUGACUCACGUCCUUGUCGCAUUUCUCUCUUCUUUCUCUAUCCUAGCACCGUCGGGCAGGCCCUCGUGCUCACGAGCUGACUGGUUCAGCGUUCAUUUUCUUGUCUAGCUUACACAACACCACGUCACAGCUAACGUUCAAAAAAAAAACUCAACCAUGGGCUAUCUCGCCGACGUUAUGGCCAGAGCUCAGAAGGAGCCUCAAUCCAUUGAUCUGAUUUUGUCUCCGUCACAGCCACCGCCGCUCCUUCCGUACGAGCUGAGCACAGUGAUUAGCCCCGACGUAUGGGAGUCGCGGGUUCGGGCCAUCAUCCGGUUGGCCACCCGGUACUCAAAGCCCGUGUUCGAGCGUGUUUGGAUUGUUAUUGGGAUGCUCGCUACCAUUAUCGUACCCUUCUUUGCCUACGCUCUGUCUUUGCGUGAGCUUAACCAAAAGAACGGCAUCAUUGAAGCCAAUAUCUGGGAUGCUCGCGGGAUUAGCUUUGCCACAACCAUCGCUGUUUGGCUUGUCUUCUUUGUCCCCGUAUUCGCUUGGAAGUACUUCGGCUACCUCCGCGUCAGAGCGUUGCUUCAGAGGUGGAACAGAGAUGACAUAGCCAACAACUCAUCUGGAGCGGCCUUGCCUACUUGGAGAGCGACGACUCCUGGUGUCUUCAGAGAUGGCAUUGCGCUGUCCAUUACUCUGCCCAUUGCUCCUAAACCGGUCACAUUCCAUCCGGACGCCUAUCUUCCCCCGUAUAUUGUGCCACCUGCGGGUAUACCUCCGACCUACGACAUGAAGCAAGGCUUCCCUACUGACUGGGAGUCGGACAGAAAAUCGCUGAGUGAUUUCAAGUUCUCGGACGAAAAGACCGCUCUUGCUUAAGUCCCGAGAACCUUCCAAUUUAUGGUUUGUGUUGCGCCUCUAUAUGUUCUUACUAUGUCUCCAGAACGGACAUUGUGUAUUAUACUACCAUACAGCUGGCUGUGUUUGCUAGAUUAGUAAUGACAGAGCUACAAGGCUGCUUUGUACCAAAAUUG